AUGGACUUUCCGAACCCAACAAAACCAACAUUGGUUCUCUCAGGUUCCGGUAACCCUCUUCUGGUUCCAAAUUCUAGUAAAUAUCUAUCAUCAUCGAAAUCAAAUGCGGGUAAUAAGAAGAAGUACGUGAGGCAGGUAACGGGUCGACACAAUGACACGGAGCUUCACUUGGCAGCGCAGCGUGGCGACGCCGUGGCUGUCAGGAAGAUUUUGAAUGCGAUCGACGCUCAGAUGGUGUUGGGGACUCUGAGCGGUGCUGAUUUUGAUGAUGCUGAGAUAAGACGUGCGAUUGUGAAUGAUGUUAAUGAAUUGGGGGAGACCGCUUUGUUUGUUGCAGCUGAUGGAGGGCACUUUGAUGUUGUCAAAGACAUCCUUCAGUAUGCUUCUGACGAGGGUCUUUCUUUGAAAAAUGAUAUCGGUUUUGAUCCUUUCCAUGUUGCUGCUAGCCGUGGUCAUUUAGCUAUUGUUCAGUUGCUGCUAGACCAUGAUCCGGGGAUAAUCAAGACAGUUUCCUUGUCAAAUGCUACACCUCUUAUAUCUGCAGCUACAAGAGGGCAUACUAGGGUGGUUGAUCUUUUGUUGUCACGUGACCCUAGUCAACUGGAAUUAUCUAGAUCCAAUGGAAAAAAUGCACUCCAUUUGGCUGCACGCCAAGGUCAUGUUGAUGUAGUAAAAUUAUUGCUUGAGCAGGAUCCACAACUUGCCAGAAGAACAGAUAAAAAAGGGCAAACCGCACUGCAUAUGGCUGUGAAGGGAGUGAGUUGUGAAGCGGUGAAGUUGAUCCUUAAGACUGAUGCCGCAAUUGUCAUGUUGCCAGAUAAGUUUGGCAAAACUGCAUUACAUGUAUCCACCAGGAAAAAGAGGGUCGAGAUAGUGAAUGAGCUAUUGCAUCUUCCAGACACCAACGUGAAUGCCUUAACAAGGGACCACAAAACAGCUCUUGAUAUUGCUGAAUCACUAUUACCAUCCGCAGAAAUCCUAGAGAUAAAAGGUUCCCUUGCUCGUCGCGGUGCAGUCAAUGCCAACAAUCUGAACCAGCCAAGGGAUGAGCUUAUUAGGAACACAGUGACACAGAUCAGAAAGGACGUUCUCACACAGCUUGAACAAACUCGAAAAACAAACAAGAAUGUGAACGGAAUAGCCAUGGAGCUACGCCAGAUGCACAGAGAAGGCAUCAACAAUACUGCAAACUCGGUAACUGUUGUUGCUGUUCUCUUUGCCACGCUUACAUUUGCUGCAAUUUUCAGUAUUCCCGGUGGUGAUGAUGAUAGUGGUGUGGCGGUGAUGGUAGGCACAUUACCCUUUGAUAUCUUCUUUAUUUGCAAUUCUGUUGCUCUUUUCACAUCACUAGCUGUUGUGGUGGUUCAAAUCACACUUGUGAGAGGUAGAACAAAGUCUGAGAUGAGUGUUAUGAAGGUGAUUAACAAAAUGAUGUGGUUAGCAUCUAUAUGCACCACCAUUGCAUUCACAUCAGCAUCUUAUAUAGUAGUUGGUAGGCAUCAUAAGUGUGCUGCAAUAUUUCUCACUGUUCUUGGGGGUGUUACAAUGGUUGGAGUUCUUGGUACUAUGACAUACUUUGUGCUUAAGAGUAAACGUUAUCAAAGAGCAAGGAAGAAAGAGAAGAAAGGAUUAAUGAGAGGAAACUCAGGGUCAGAAACUGAAUUAGAAGUGAGUCCAAUUUAUGCCAUUUGA